AUGGGGAAGCCUAAACAUGAUCAGUCCCUGACUCACGAGGAGAUCUGGGAUGACUCUGCUCUAGUGCAGUCCUGGGAUGAUGCGGUUGAGGAGUACAAGCUCUAUCACAGCAUACAUGCCAAGGGGGAGAAUAUUGAGGAUGUUCUGAGAGAGGCUGAAGCAGCAGGUCUUGAUGAACAAGUCAAUGAUCGUGAUGGAGGAAAUAUGAUUGCUGAGCACGAUGCUAUGGAGGCUGCGAUGGGAGAGGCUGUCGACCAAACAGCUGCGAAUUCCACUCAGGCCAGGGAAUCCUUUGCUCAAACAAAGCCUCCAGCUUUCGAAGGGAGUGGUGCUACCACCGUCCCAGGCCCAACCUUUCCCGCAGGAGUUAUGCCUAUGCCUAGCGCAGUGCUUCCUCAUAUCCAAGAUGAAAAUCUAAGAAAUCUCAUGAUGUCUUGGUACUUUGCAGGGUACUAUACUGGAUUGUACCAAGGGCAGCAGCAAGCGAGCCAGCCGAAAAGCUGA